AUUUUUCUCUUCCUAUCUCUAAAAUACGCAAAUGCUCACACCCCAAUCUCUCCGUCUGACUCUCAUAGCUAUGCCUAUAAAAUACUCCACCAAAUAUUAUAAACAAGCAUAGAAAAUCAUCGACUGAUCAUUCAAGAAACCACACACCCAUCGCCACCAUUUUCAUUUACAUGGCCAAGCUUAGGGCUAGCAGUCAGGAGAGAAACGGUAUCAUGAAGCUGAAGAGCGCAGCUAAGAAGCUGCAAAAGAGGCUUUCAUUGGUGAAGAAUUCAUCAUCAAGUGAGUAUUUUGAUGAGUUUGAAGAAGUGAAUGUGCCUAAUGAUGUGAAGGAAGGACAUUUUGCAGUGAUAGCUACGAACAGUGAGGAGCCCAAAAGAUUUGUGGUUCCAUUGAGUUACUUAACUCACCCUGCAUUCUUGAGACUCCUGGAGCAAGCUGCUGAAGAGUAUGGUUUUGGCCAUGAAGGUGCACUUGCUAUUCCUUGCAGGCCAGAAAAAACUUGGAAGAUAAAAGAGGUGAAACAAAGAGAUGAAGCAAACAGAGUCCGACAGAUGCAGACGGUCGACCGCAAAACAUUAGAUGACUCGGUCAAACUGGGACAAAACAUGCUUCAUGCCUAGUCAACUGGAAGAGAAAAUUUGUCGAUAUAAUGUAAUAUAAUGCAGUUAUUCACAUAAUAAGAAGUAAGGAGGGCCCAUUUUAAUUAUUCUUUUUUACUUUUAAGCU